UAGUCUAUGGAGUUACGAGCUUAUUUGGAGGUUGGAGUGUUUACUAGCCUGAUGACUGUAGGGAAGAAGCUGUUUCUGAACCUGGACGGUGCAGUGAGUACAAGAAUGUCAAAGCCGAUAGGUCUGAGCUGCAGGUGAUGGGGGGAAUGUUUCUCAAACCAUUUCUUUUUAUUAAAGUUUUGAAACUUUUCUGCAAAUUCCCAUCUUUCCUCAGCAUUCUUAUUUCAGAUCAAACCGUUCCCUCAUUUUGUCAAGGAAGGAACUGCAGAUGCUGGUUUACACCAAAGAUAAGACACAACAUGCUGGAGUAGCUCAGCGGGACAGGCAGCAUCUCCGGAAAGAAGGGAUGGGUGUGAAGAAGGGUCUCGACCUGAAAAUGUCACCCAUUCCUUCUCUCCGGCAUAAUCCAGCUCCAUACUCCAGCAUUCAUGCCUGCUUGGGUGCAGUUGGCUUGUCUGGCAUGCAAUGUUUUCUAAAGAGAUCAGAUUAGAUUAGUUUAGAGGUACAGCGCGGAAACGGGCCCUUCGGCCCACCGAGUUCACACCGACCCCCAGUAGCAUUGUCCGGGGGUGGGAGAUUGUAACCUUCACGUGGUCCGCCCUGUUUCGACGAAUGCAAUCAACCUGGUGUGCACAAUCAAAUAAGAUCAAACAGAACAAGUUGUCCUCCAACUUGUUACAGUGCACGCCAUACGCAAGAAGAAGAAGCAUUGACCUAUGCACAUGGGACAAUAUAUUGGAAUGUGGGAGGAAACCGGAGCACCUGGAGAAAACCCACGCAGGUCAUGGGAAGAACGUACAAACGCUCUACAGACAGCACCGGUAGUCAGGAUCGAACCCGGGUCUCUGGCGCUGUCGGGCAGCAACUCUACAGUUGCGCCACUGUGCUGAGAUGACAUAAGACAUUUAACGGAGAGCACAGUGUUUGCAGAAUAAGAAUGAACUGCAUCGAAUGUGGUUGCAACAUCGCUGUGGGUUGAACAGUGCUGUGUCCAGCUGGGAGUGGCGAGAAAUUAAUUGAAUUCGGGAAUCAUGAUCUGGAAAGUGUUGGUCGGGUUGUUUAUUGGCAGGUGAACCUAACAACUGGAAUAUUUCUCCUGCAACGUCCUUCCCUUCCGAACAGCUUGAAGUUGAUAGAAUCCGUUUAUUCCAUUGUAUCCACAUGGAGGCACCUGUUCAAAUUCACAGGCAGAGCACACUGCACUGUUGACGUGUGAAAACACUUUGAAGGGUUAAAAUCACAAUCAAACUUACCACCAAUGAACCUGCCGAAAAUAACACCGUUGCUUCAUUGAUAACAUGGAUAGAAUUGGUCGAAAUUGUGCUUUGAUAUUUGCAUAGGAAACUCAUGGACAUGUUCAGCCUCUGAAUGAGGAUUGAAUUACACAAUUUGAAAUUAUUUUGAGAAGAAUGAGAACUGGAAUUGUUUAAAGAAUGUGUCCCUGUUCUUGCUUAUAUAUUUUACACAUCUACGGUUCACGAAAUCAAAGUAUGUGUAUCCCUUUCACAAGACGUUGCUUCAGGCACGCCGUUUGGUUUGUUCUGAUGUCCCUGUUCUUCAGACUGACUAAUACCCUUAUAACGCUUCUUCACGCCGACUGAUAGGAACUGCCGCGAGUCAAAUCCUGAUGAACAGAACGGUGUGCGAGGUGCCUCGGUUUUAAUUGAACCAAUAAUCUGUAGUCAGGCUAGUCUUCACAAUCAGGCUGGCAUUUAGCAGAAGGGUUUUAAAUUUAAAAAAAAAUUUAGGCGAUGCAUUUCACAUGUUGCGGGUUAAUCGCAGCUUGGUUUAUGCCCCGGGCAGACACUAAAUCGUUAACCCUUGCACCCUGGAUUUUGCCUUCAUUCCAGUGCUUCCUGUUUACUGCUUGGUUGCUAGCCACUGACAUCACUGUCUCCACCUCUCCCAAUCAAUCUCUCAUACAGAGAGCGAGAGACACACACGCACGCAUUCAUAGGCUGAGCAGCAGUAUUAGAAAGACAAGGAGCGCCGAGGUAGUGAGGCAGCAUGCACAGGCUUUCUACAACUCAAUGUAUAUGAGCAGCCUAGCCCAGCGCUGGAGACUCGGCUGCGCUGUGUAACAGAGAGGGCACCUUAUAUUCGCUGCUCUGUCCCCACUUCAAGAUUCAGGGUGGCUUUUCCCCCUCUCUCUCUCUUCCCCCCCUGUUUCUUUACCUCUUACUUCCCCCCUUCUGCCGACUGCUGUGUUUGAAAAGGGUCGCAUGCAUGACAGUCCGAAAAGGAGAGAAAAUGGCCAUAAGCAUUCAGGAGCAUAUGGCUAUCGACGUCUGCCCGGGUCCCAUCAAACCUAUUAAACAAAUCUCUGAUUACUUCCCUCGUUUUCCUCGUGGUCUCCCCUCGGCCGUGAACCGCAACAACUCUAUGCAUUCCACCGUCAGCCAGCCCCCAGUCACCCAGUCCGAGGCUAGGAAGGAGGAGGAUGAUGUGGACAAAUUAUUUGGGGCUUAUGGAACCGCAUCAGCUGCACCUGCCAAAACUGAGGAGGAAAUUGACAUCGAUGGCUAUGAAUCCGAUGACUCCACAUCCCUGGGUACAUUAGAUUUCAGUUUGCUGUACGACCAAGAGAACAAUGCCCUCCACUGCUCAAUAAAUAAAGCCAAGGGCCUGAAGUCAAUGGACCACAGCGGGCUUGCCGAUCCAUAUGUCAAAUUGCAUUUGCUCCCAGGCGCCAGUAAGGCGAACAAACUGAGGACAAAGACUUUGCGCAAUACUUUGAAUCCAGUCUGGAACGAGACUCUCACUUACUAUGGAAUCACUGAUGAGGACAUGGUACGAAAGACAUUAAGAGUCUCAGUUUGUGAUGAAGAUAAAUUCCGUCAUAACGAGUUUAUUGGCGAGACCAGAAUUCCGCUGAAAAAGCUAAAGCCAAAUCAAACGAAGAAUUUCAACAUAUGCCUGGAGAAGCAACUGCCAAUAGAUAAAACAGAAGACAAGUCACUGGAGGAGCGUGGCCGUAUUCUCAUUUCUUUGAAGUACAGCUCUCCGAAGUCUGGGCUUGUUGUCGGCAUAGCGCGAUGUGCACAUUUAGCAGCGAUGGAUGCAAAUGGCUACUCAGACCCUUAUGUGAAAAUAUAUUUGAAGCCAGACGCUGACAAGAAAUCAAAGCAUAAGACAGCUGUCAAAAAGAAAACCCUUAAUCCAGAAUUUAAUGAGGAAUUUUUCUACGAGAUCAAGCAAGCGGAUUUGUCUAAGAAAACUCUGGAAGUAACUGUGUGGGAUUACGACAUUGGAAAAUCAAAUGAUUUCAUCGGUGGGGUGACACUUGGAAUCAAUGCUAAAGGCGAACGUUUAAAGCAUUGGUUUGACUGUUUGAAGAGCAAGGACAAGAAAAUAGAACGCUGGCACACGUUGACAAAUGAACUCCCGGGGUCUAUCCUCAGUGAUUGAUGCCAGCUGCCCGGCGGUGAUCUUGCCCCUGCAUCGUGGCAUAGGACAAGUGAGGUUCUGUCUGAGAGUGAGUGCCACAGAAAGGUCGGGCCUUUUGCACUUUUCUUUUCAGAAACGAGUUCCUCUAGGCCUCUUCACGGAUACCUAACUUUGCCUGGUAAUCUUGUGGCUUACAUAUUGGCUUACGUACAUGUUUACAUGCAUUUGUGUAUCUGAGCACUGGCGAUAAAUUUCAGAGGAGUCCCUUUGGAUAAUUUUUUUAUAAUUAAUUUAGCACCAGGAAUUAUCCGCUUUUGAUGGCUGAUACUUUUAGCGACCCAGACCAAGCAAAUUAUUUUUAUGUUUUUGAAGUAUUUAAAUGUUAUUAGGGCAAGCGAAACAUGUCUGGAGUACUUAAAUAUAGAUUUCCUCUCUACUACAGACAGACGAACCAGUUCGAGAAAAAGUUGCACAAAGGAACUGAUCUUGUCUUAAACCUAGUCAUAUUUUGGAGUAAUAUAGUACUUUUGAUACAGUACUGGAGAAUGGUGGCCUUGAUAGUGGCCAAUUCUCCAUAAGUUUCAAUUAAAGUAGUGAAAGUACACAUAGCUUUUCAUUAUCCAGAAGAACACAUUCACAAGACCAAAACCGAGCUUUAAGAAUGGCGUACGUAUAAUAAAUGUAACACGCUUCUCAUGUCAAUUGUCUUCUUUCCAUCAAUGGAAUUGGAAAACGCAUGGUGUAUGUAUGUCACCCUUCGGCAGUGGAGGCAUAGGUUUCAAUGGAGCACAGGAGGUGAAUUAUUCACUGUGGUCCUAACGAAGCGUUUCACUAUUCAGAAGUCAUCUCAAUAAAUCUCGCAUCCGGUAGAAAUCAAAGAAAUAAGGCAGUUCUCAGUUAACUGUGCUGCACUGCAAACCCGGAGUCAAAUGAGAAGAGAUGAGAAGUGUUAGCAAAGUUGUUAACCAUCUGAAAAAUAACCAGGUUCCAUAUCUGUAGGACCUGGUAGAAGAUGUGGGGCUAACUAACUAUCCCAUUUGAAAAGGCAGUUCAGAAAUGCAAAGGAAAUAAUCUCCUUCUAAAAUUUAGGAUAAUCUCCUAAUAAUCUCCUUCUAAAAUUAAAAUAAUUACCGAUCAAUACCAUCCUCAAGUCAGGAGAACCUCUGAAGAAGUUCUCAACCCGAAACGUCACCUGUUCCUUUUCUCCAGAGAUGCCGACUGACCCGCUGAGUUACUCCAGCUUUUUGUGUCAAUCUUUGGUUUAAACCAGCAUCUGCAGUUCCUUCCUGCACGAACCUCCUCCAUAUUUGGUACAGAGCACAGAAUAUCUCGAACAGCUUAAAUUAACCAGUCCUCGUGUAUUUUUUAUUAAAUAUUCGCUCGCGCAAUAUCGCUAAAGUUAUCCACCAGUUACAUCCUCAUGAAGACUACCUGGAAAAGCUGGCCCACCACAACAUCCCAAAAGAUGCUUUAAUCUCAAAAAGGCCCACACAAACUGUACCAUAUAUAUGGAAAUAGCAUUGAUAUUUUAUCUUUUCACAUCCUCGGGCCCUAUCGAGAAACACUUUGCAACAAAUGACCUGCUUUUUGCGCAGACCCUUUGAAUGACAUGGCAUUUCUUUUCAAAUUGAACCCUGGGGCAACCUCCAGAAAAUCUUCGCUUUUGAGACCUUAUUUCUGCUACUUUGGCCCUUGCCCCGUCCUACCUCCCAAAUCCAAACUAAUUUCCACCCAAGAUGUCACUAACAUUUAUAGAGAGAAAAUAAAAGUUACAGUUGAGACGCCAGCCCAACCUUACAGGGAAGCAGUAAAUCUAGCAUCAGGCUCGACAUAUUAAUUUCUGAACUGACAUGUUUUAAAAACAUCACUCCCAAUAAUUCCAAAUAUUUGGACUUUUUUAAAAGUAUCUACUUAAUAAUAAAACUACGUUGAAUGUGCAGAACUCAGUUUGACAAUGAACUCUUGUACACUUUAUAUGAAUCUGAAUUUUGUAUGGAUUUCAAUUAAUGUGCAUGGAGCUUAUUUGGCUGCUAUUAUUGUAUUAACUUGCAAAGCAACAAGCAACAAACAUUCCAGUUUGAAACUAUAUUGUGGGUAUGAUAGCCAACAAGAUGUUUCGAGUAUUGCUAGCAAGAUUACACUCUGCAUGAAGUGUUAACUUCCUAAUGCCUUGAGGAUAUUUGGCAGUUGAUCAUUUAUUUUCUGUGAAUGAGCCUUGCACUACAUGUUAUUGUUAUAUAAUAAACAUUAUCUAUUUUAUUAUUUUGCAUGGUUCAUAACCAUUCAACCUUACUUCAAGAGGAAGGGAUAAAUGUUAUGCCAAAGGUCCUUUUUGACUCUGUCUUCUUACUGUCUACAUGGUUCCUAAACUGACCUCAGUUUUACAUCUCAAUUUACCCUUGUAUGGAACAAGUGAUCAUGUGAUUACAACAAUAAAUCUUCUCUCUGAAA